AACAUUUGCAAAUGCUCUAAAAAAGGCACCAUUUUUCAUUUUAUCUAAGGAUUCAAGAAAAGGGAAAAGCAAAAACCAAGAAGAAAUAAAGCAGCUCUAAUUCUUCCUUUCUCAGUAAUGGCAUCAUUAAAUAGCCACCAUUUUUACCCUAACAAGUUCUCAAGUAGAGUAUAUACUAGUAAAUCUUCUUUCUCCCAUUUCAUUGUUUCAUGUAAGGAGCAGCAGGAUGAAAACACCAAACAAGUGGGUCGCAGGGAAAUAAUACUAAGAAGCAGUGAAAUUGCACUUCUUGGAGCCCUCUUCAACUUCAGUGGUAAAAAGCCAAAUUACUUGGGAGUUCAAAAGAAUCCACUUGGUUUAGCUCUUUGUCCAGCCACUAACAAUUGUGUUUCUACUUCUGAGAACAUCAGUGAUGCUACUCACUAUGCACCUCCUUGGAACUAUAACCCUGACGGGAAACGUGGUAACAUCAGCAGAGAAAAGGCAAUGGAGGAAUUACUUCAAGUGCUAAAAUCAACAAAACCAGACAAGUCCUCUCCAAGAAUAAUGGAGAAGAAAGACGAUUAUGUGCGUGUGGAAUAUGAAAGUCCUAUCUUGGGGUUGGUAGAUGAUGUCGAGUUCUGGUUCCCUCCAGUCAAGAAAUCAAUUGUACAGUAUAGAGCAGCAUCUCGCAUGGGGAAUUAUGACUUUGAUGCUAAUAGAAAGCGAAUCAAGGCGCUGAGAUUGCAACUAGAGAAGAAGGGAUGGGCAUCAGAGGACACAGUCUGAACGGCAUGAUCUUCACAAAGGACAACUUAUUCCUUACUUAGCAUGAUGAAAAAAACCAUCUACUGAAUACAUAUUCUCAUAUAUUGAGCUUCUUUAAUUUGUAAAAGCUUAAUAGAACAGAUGAAAUGACACCAAUAUUAUUUCUGGGCAACAUGUUAGCAUUUGACACCAA